CGGCCCGAAAUAUUAUAAUGAAAUACACCUCCAUCUUUGCUCAGAAGACGUCGGAGUUGACGUUAAAGUGACUUUUUGAAAGUAGAGCUGCUUCCUUGUUCGACAACGGGGUGAAGUAUCUCAACAUCCUCACAAAGAAACUUUGCUUGCUAGGCUGCUAACUCGCACACAAACCUGAAAAAAAAGUAGGAUGACUGCUGUAGACGUGACCACACGGUGUUAGUAACGUCUCAUCUGUCGAGCUAAGUGUUCCUGGCUGCUGUUUUAACUCGGAAAUGAUAUCUAUAUUACUCAAGACUGACUUUUGUAACGGUUUUGAGUAGUCAUCAUCACCAGUGGAGGAAGGGCUGCAGCUGGUUAACCUAGCCAGCCACCACCAGUGUUUCCACAUAGCGCCCCCCAAAUCUCCACCAGGCAGGACACACACUGGUGUUUUCUCAUAGUUAGGAGCUCAGUGGGUGUUUCUGGAAACAUGUCUGGCCGAAGUGGAGUCGGGCAGAUCCGAGGAGCUACCUCAGGUCCUCAGCCCCUCAAGGCUACUGUUCCCUAUCAGCUGGCCAGCAAGCCUCGACCCAACCGGACAGAUGGGAAGUCAGCUGGAAAACCCAAACCGCACCAGCUGAGCUCUGGCAUGAGGCGGACGAUGUCUCUUGACGCCAUCAUCGGGCCGUACCUGCAGGGACACUGGCCCAAAGAACCAGAGGGCCAGAGCAGCUUGUCUCGGAAGGACAAGUCCACCCAGACCCCAGACUCAUGGUCAGAUAAAUCUCAGAGCCGGAGAGGCAGCAGCAGCCACAAACGAUCGGCAUCAUGGGGCAGCGCUGAGCAUCUGCAAGAGAUUGCCAAACUAAAACAACAGCUGCAGCAGCGCAGCAAACCUGCAGUCUCAGGGGGGCCUGACAAAGACCGCCAGCGUGGAUACCCUCAAGGGAACUGUAGCCUAGGAGCUACUCAGACUCAACCCAUUCCCAUCCCCCUCGCUCCCCUGUCUACACUGGUCCCUCGGCUGCGCUGCAGUGUGGAGGGCCUCAACCAGGAGCUGGAAGGCAUGUUCAUCUGUCAGCCGCCACAUCCUCAGCACAGGCUCCUUGAGGUUCCAGAUGGUCACCGGGCUCCGGUCCCUACACAGAGCUGCAGCAGUGGAUCUCAGAGUGACCCCCCCACCACACCUCUGUCCUCAUCUUCUCCUUCCUCCUCCUCUUCCUCCUCACCCAGCUCCUCUCCUACAAACAUCUGCACUCUGUCACACAACUCUGAAGAUGCACCUCUGGAUCAACAAGGUUUGACAGACAGUGCUGAGAUGUGCCUCCUGUCUCCGUUCUCCUCCCAGAACGAGGCCGACCUCUUGCUGCCUCUGCCGAUGUCGUCCUCCCCAGGGCCCAACAAAAGCUGCUGCUUCCAGAGAGAGCCUCCCGAGGGCUGCGAAAAGGUCAGAGUCUGGGAGGAGACCAGCACUCCACACCAACCUAAGCCAACCCUCAUCUCCUCCUGCCCAGACCCCAACAAGGUAAACUUCACCCCCCAUGGGGGCUCAGCCUUCUGCCCCGUCAGCCUCCUCAAGCCCCUCCUCCCCUCCAUGGACCUGCUGUUCCGCAGCCUCGCCGUCUCUCCAUCCGGCAGUUGCUUGAACCAGGGAACGAGCUCCUGCCAGGCAACGUCUUCUGGCAACCGGGCCGCUCCUCCAGAUCCUCCAGCAACCACUGCUGUCAUGGGAGAAGGCUCUGGGGAGGGCCUCGCUUUCUGAUCACUGCUGUGAAUCCUUUUCUUUUGGAAACGAUUUUGCAUGAUGCAAAUACGCCAGUGGUCUGGGACAAAUGUGUUGAUGUUGCUUUAUUUUAGGAAAUGACCAGUAAUUUUCCACACAGGUUUGAAAUAAUCUUAUGUUGAAAAAUAAUAAUAUUGAAAAAAAAAUUAUACUACGCAAUCCAGUGGAUAUGCUUUAUGAGCUACUUGUUUUCGGAGUCUGGGCAUUGUGAUGUUUCUAAACUAAAGGCUUUUCUGACAGGUCAUAAUCCAAAGAUAUAUUUUGGCCAAACACUUGUGUAAUAGACGGGGCCGUCUUACUCUGCUCUUAACUGCCCUCUCACCUGUUUCACAUUAUUUUUGUUUCUCCAAAGAAGCCAUGACAAACACUUACACUGGUUUUUAAACUCUGACUGCAGUGCGUCAUCUCUGUCCAAAGUGUUGGAGUCUGGGUAAAGGAUGAAAAACCCUUCUUGGUUGAGUUUGUUUUUAAGUACCUUCAUCUCUUUUUACCUAACUUGACCUUGCACCUGUUGGUGGUGUACAAAGCACGACAAAUCAGUGGGGUACUUUUUAUUUACCUGAUCCAAAAAAAAAAACCCUGACACAGUGAAAUCACAUUUUGAUUGUUGUAGAUCGAAGGGAAUUUCCCAGUUGUUGAACUUGGGUAGCGUCGAUACCUAAAAUGCUUCAGCUCACGCAUUCCUGCUUUAAAAGAUGUAAAGAUUUUUUUUUUUCAUCGUUGUCAUAUUGUUUACUUGCAAAAAAGUAACUCGUGCACGUGUUGUCAAUAUGAACCAGUUAUUCCUUGAUGUUCUUGACGUUAUGUUUAUAGUUUUGGGGUUUCACAGCCUAGUUGACUACCUAACCAGUUUUAGUGGUGUAGAUCUGUCCUUAAUGUUCUCCGAAGACGUUCCUCUUCCUCUGCCAAGCUGACAAGUUGAUGUUCAAAUAGUUUUAUUUCUGGUAGACAUGUUUGCACAAAUUGAAUUGAGUCGCAAUUCUUAUUUUUAUAUUCACUUUUGUACUUUAAGAGUAGUAACGUGUAUUUUCUACGUCUUUUUUUUCAGUUACCUGCAACAUAAGCUAAAAAAAAAACCCUGUUACUUUUAGUUUUGUUCUGUCAGUAUAAUUGAGGCAGGUGUUACAUGAGAUACUGUAUCCGGUGGAUUUUUAUGCACUUCCAGGAGAGGGUUUUAAUGUGGAGGAGUGUCUCCGCGCGUUGGUCCUGGGUUUAUUGUCUCUGACAGGAGUUUUGUUUGUUUGUGUGUGUGUGUGUGUGUGUGUGUGUGUGUGUGUGUGUGUGUGUGUGUGUGUGUGUGUGUGUGUGUGUGUGUGUGUGUGCACGUGGAUGAAAAGUUAACUAGUCUGAUUGUUUGACUAACUUGUAGUUUUAGUAUCCUGGUGAAAUGCUGAUGGAUUGAAACAUUGUCUUUUUCCAAAUAAGCCUCGAUGUCAAUGUUUUAUGAGUUGGUGUGGAUGCUGGGGACGUGCUGUUAUCUCAGGUUCUGUGUUCUG